GAUUGAAACUCGAAGAGAGAGAUAGAUAGAUGGAGAGACAGAGAGAAAGGAUACAAUUUGAGAGAACAAUCAGCUGUAAAUAACUCGGCGUUUGAGCGCAAAGAGAAGAAGAGGGAUGAUGGCAUAGAGGUGUGCGCGCGACCCGAUUGUUCGACGAUUAUUCACCGAAUUUCAAACCGCACGCGGUGUAUGAAUGAAAAAAAAAAACAUAAUCCACAACAAAUUGAGGAAGACUCCGGCCGGAGAGACGUCAUCGGCAUUUUUUCAUACAUAACGCGAUGACCCUCUGAACUCGCGCCGAGCUUCAUGUUCACUCGCAAGUGAUGUGUAUUCCACGUGGGACCGACGUAAUUCUCGCUUACACGGUCUCUGGUGCGAGCCAGUGUGCAAGCGCGCGCGCGUGUGAUCCAGUAAUCGUCUUUAAUAUACUCCUUAGUUGGGGGAUCUCUUAACUCAGUCGACGAAAGAACGUGGUCUUACGCGGUUUUCAUCGCCGCGUGUGACACCUCCCGGUGCAGAAAGAGGAGGAGGAGGAGGAUAGGUGUGCCAAAGUGAGGGAAACGCGCGUAGCUGAUGGUAUGCUACGUCGUCUUCUGGAUUUUCUCACCACGUUCGGUAUUUUCUGUUAAACUUUUAUAUCACAUAAAAAAAAUCACGUGACUUCUUCUUCACUCUUGUGUAUAUAUAUACAUUUAUUGUAUCUUCUGUUCUGAAACUUGAUCGCUCCGUGUGUACUACUACCUACCUAUCUACCUAUCUACUCGUACUACCACUUUACUGAGAGUUGCGAGUUUUUCUCUUUUCUUCUUUCUCCUCCUCACGAACGAGCUCUCUUUUUGCGCGAGAGCGAUUUCUUCGCUGCCAGUGGCCGGCCGAAGAGUGCUUUUACGCACGGCGAUCCUCCUGGUAGGACGCGUUUCUGGGUAACGUCGAGCCCUCGGAGAGUACGCUCGAUUCUUCGACGGGACCUAGCGAGGAAGUCGUACGUCCCGUUGAUUCGUCCAGAUCCGUUUACGAGAUGUCGGAGGCACCGGUGAGUUUUGUCGUCGGCGAGCCCGAGCAGGAGCACGAGCCCGAAUCCGAUCACGGUUCCGGUUCCGACCCUAGCGAAAUUCUGGAAAUCGAGGACAGCUUCCCGAGCGAUAAUGGCGAUAGCGCCACAAAUCUGCAGGCGCAGACGAGUAUCGCGCCGGGACUGGCGGAACGUCGUAAGCGUCUCAGGCCCAGCAUGUCGCAGGGUACGGUGAUGAUUCAGGCGCAAAAUCGGCUCCAAGAGAAGGACUUCACCAUCGCGACUCCCGAAGAGUUUGUCCAUCGUUUCGGAGGUACCCGAGUUAUCAACAAGGUGUUAAUCGCCAACAAUGGGAUCGCAGCAGUUAAAUGCAUGCGAUCGGUUCGACGCUGGUCCUACGAGAUGUUUAAAAACGAAAGAGCCGUACGUUUUGUGGUGAUGGUCACCCCGGAAGAUCUGAAGGCGAACGCGGAAUACAUCAAAAUGGCAGAUCAGUACGUGCCUGUACCGGGUGGGACCAACAACAACAAUUACGCUAAUGUGGAACUGAUCGUGGAUAUCGCGAUACGUACUCAGGUCCAAGCAGUUUGGGCCGGCUGGGGUCACGCUUCGGAAAAUCCAAAACUUCCUGAACUACUUCACAAAAAUAACAUCUGCUUUAUCGGACCAUCCGAAAGGGCCAUGUGGGCGUUAGGUGACAAAAUCGCUUCCAGCAUAGUUGCUCAAACCGCGGACGUGCCGACUCUUCCUUGGUCAGGAUCGGAACUGAAAGCUCAGUACAGCGGAAAGAAGAUCAAAAUAUCAUCGGAACUGUUCAAAAAAGGCUGCGUCGCUACCGUGGAAGAGUGUCUAGCGGCAUCUAACAAAAUUGGUUUUCCGAUUAUGAUAAAAGCAAGUGAAGGUGGCGGCGGUAAAGGCAUCAGAAAGGUUGAAAAUCCUGAGGAAUUGCCCGCUCUGUUUAGGCAAGUGCAGAUGGAAAUACCCGGCUCGCCAAUAUUUAUCAUGAAGCUGGCCAAGUGUGCUCGUCACUUGGAGGUACAAUUAUUAGCUGAUAAUUACGGUAACGCGAUAUCGUUGUUCGGACGCGACUGUUCCAUCCAAAGAAGACAUCAGAAGAUUAUCGAAGAGGCUCCGGCUGUCAUCGCCAAGUCGGAAGUUUUCGAAGAGAUGGAAAGAGCUGCUGUGAGAUUAGCAAAAAUGGUGGGAUACGUUAGCGCGGGUACUGUGGAAUAUCUUUACGACACAGCUGGCAGAUAUUAUUUCUUGGAGCUCAAUCCCCGUCUUCAAGUAGAACAUCCUUGCACCGAGAUGGUGUCAGAUGUAAAUCUACCUGCAGCUCAACUGCAGAUAGCGAUGGGUUUACCGCUGCAUCAUAUCAAAGAUAUACGUCUUUUAUACGGCGAAAGUCCCUGGGGCGAGAAUGCGAUUGAUUUCGAUCAGCCGCGUCACAAGCCUCAACCAUGGGGUCACGUUAUCGCGGCUAGAAUCACCAGCGAAAAUCCUGACGAAGGCUUCAAACCGAGUUCCGGCACGGUGCAGGAGUUAAAUUUUCGAUCGUCUAAAAACGUAUGGGGUUAUUUCUCGGUUGGAGCAUCCGGUGGGCUUCACGAGUUCGCAGACUCACAAUUCGGUCAUUGUUUCUCCUGGGGUGAAGAUCGCAAUCAAGCUAGAGAGAAUUUAGUUAUAGCUCUGAAAGAACUAAGCAUCAGAGGCGACUUUAGGACAACGGUCGAAUAUCUCAUUACUUUGUUGGAAACCGAGGCUUUCCAACAGAACAAUAUAGAUACCGCUUGGCUCGACUUGCUGAUCGCCGAACGUAUUCGAAGCGACAAACCGGAUGUUUUGCUGGCCGUCACCUGCGGAGCGCUUCAUAUCGCCGACAGAACAAUCACAUCCGCUUUCACCGGAUUUCAAACGGCCUUGGAGAAGGGUCAGAUUCAAGCUAGCAACGACCUGGACAACGUUGUUGAUGUGGAACUUAUUAACGAUGGAUACAAAUAUAAAGUACAAGCUGUCAAAACCGGUCCCAAUAACUAUUUUCUCAUAAUGAACGGAUCUUUCAAGGAGAUAGAAGUCCAUCGCAUGUCGGACGGAGGAUUGUUGCUCUCGCUGGACGGUGCAAGUUUCACAACUUACAUGCGGGAAGAAGUAGAUCGUUAUAGAAUCAUCAUUGGAAAUCAAACGUGUAUUUUUGAAAAAGACAACGAUCCAUCCUUACUCAGAUCACCGUCAGCCGGCAAGUUGAUCAAUUUUUUGGUCGAAGAUGGCGGUCACGUUGACGCCGGCAAGGCGUACGCUGAAAUCGAAGUGAUGAAAAUGGUUAUGUCUGUUACCGCGAGCGAAGCGGGUAGUGUGUUUUACGUGAAGAGACCCGGAGCUAUUUUGGAGGCCGGUACAUUGAUCGCCCAUCUCGAGCUGGACGAUCCGUCGUUAGUGACGAAGGCGCAAGUAUACACGGGACAGUUCACUGCCGCGCCGGCGCCCGUUGUACCGGAGAAACUGAAUCAACUUCACGCUAAGUACCGAAACGCCUUGGAAAAUACACUAGCCGGCUACUGUCUGCCGGAUCCGCAUCACUUGCCACGUUUGCGAGAGCUGAUCGAAAAAUUCAUGUGUUCAUUGCGCGAUCCUAAUUUACCGUUGUUGGAACUGCAAGAGGUGAUCGCAACGAUAUCCGGUAGAAUUCCCGUUUUGGUCGAGAAGAAGAUACGCAAGUUGAUGUCUCUGUACGAGCGAAAUAUCACGUCGAUCUUGGCUCAGUUCCCGAGUCAACAGAUCGCAGCCGUGAUUGACGGACACGCGGCAACAUUGUCCAAGAGGGCCGAACGAGAUGUGUUCUUCCUAACUACUCAGGCUAUCGUGCAAUUGGUGCAAAGAUAUCGGAACGGCAUACGCGGCCGAAUGAAGACCGCGGUGCACGAACUUCUUCGACAAUACUACACGGUCGAGAGCCAGUUCCAACAGGGUCAUUACGACAAGUGUGUUUCGGCGCUGAUCGAGAAGUACAAGGACGAUGCGACCAUGGUGACCAAUAUGAUUUUCAGUCACAAUCAAGUGACGAAAAAGAACGUCCUGGUCACUAUGCUGAUCGAUCAUCUGUGGGCAAACGAGCCUGGUCUUACCGACGAGCUCUCGAGCACGUUAACAGAACUGACGAGCUUGAAUCGCACAGAACACAGCCGCGUCGCUCUGAGAGCCAGACAGAUAUUGAUCGCCGCUCAUCAACCCGCUUAUGAACUCAGAUACAAUCAGAUGGAAUCGAUAUUCCUCUCGGCGGUGGAUAUGUACGGGCACGACUUCCAUCCGGAAAAUCUUCAGAAACUCAUUCUCUCGGAGACGUCCAUCUUCGACAUACUUCACGAUUUCUUCUAUCAUUCAAAUCGCGCGGUGUGUAACGCGGCUUUGGAAGUCUAUGUGAGACGGGCUUACAUCAGUUACGAGGUCACGUGUUUGCAACAUCUGGAACUUUCGGGCGAGAUUCCGUUGAUAUAUUUCCAAUUUGUUUUGCCCAGCAAUCAUCCGAAUCGUCAGAACGAAUCUCUGGUAGAUCACAGAACCGGCGCAAUGGUGGCCUUUGAAAAUCUCGACCACUUCAGCCAAUACGCGGACGAGAUCUUGGAUCUUUUGGAGGAUUUGUCGAGUCCUACGCCUGUGGUAUCCGCGAAACUGUUGGAGGCGAUGGACUCCGUUGGUAGCGAGUCACGGCACAGCACAUCGAUAAACGUGUCGUUGAGCGCGGCGGAAACAUCGGCGGCGACAGGUGCGGCGCCAAGUGACAAAUCCACCGAGCCGGUACACAUACUGAGCAUCGCGGUUAAGGAAAAUGGCACCGAGGACGACGCCACUAUGGCUAGAAUGUUCGCGGAUUGGUGCACGAAGAACAAAGACGAGUUGACAUCACGCGGCAUUCGCAGAAUGACGUUCGCCGCGCUCAAGAAGAGACAAGUGCCCAAGUUCUUCACCUUCCGUCAGCGAGACGGUUUCGUCGAGGACAGGAUCUACCGUCAUCUCGAACCCGGUUGCGCCUUCCACUUGGAACUGAAUCGCAUGAGAACUUACGACCUCGAGGCCCUACCGACGUCCAAUCAGAAGAUGCAUCUUUAUCUCGGACAGGCUAAGGUCGCCAAAGGCCAGCAAGUUACGGAUUAUCGCUUCUUCAUUCGCUCGAUCAUACGUCAUUCCGAUCUCAUCACGAAAGAAGCCAGCUUUGAUUAUCUUCACAACGAGGGUGAGCGAGUUCUGCUCGAAGCCAUGGACGAAUUGGAGGUCGCGUUCUCGCAUCCUCUCGCGAAGCGCACCGAGUGCAAUCACAUCUUCUUGAAUUUCGUACCUACGGUCAUCAUGGAUCCUAGCAGGAUAGAAGAGAGCGUUACCAGCAUGGUGCUGCGAUACGGACCGAGACUGUGGAAGUUGCACGUCCGACAGGCGGAGAUCAAAAUGACAAUUCGGCCCGCGCCGGGAAAACCAACCUCGAACGUACGUCUCUGUAUCGCUAACGACAGCGGAUACAGUAUCGAUUUGCAUCUUUAUACGGAAAUCACCGAUCCCAAGACGGGUAUCAUCCGUUUCGAGUCUUAUCCGCCUACAGCGGCGAACGCGGCCAAUUGGAGGCCGGGACCUAUGCACGGACUUCCGAUCUCUACACCGUAUCUGACCAAAGAUUAUCUUCAAGCAAAGAGAUUCCAGGCGCAGAGCGCCGGCACGACUUACGUCUACGAUUUGCCGGACAUGUUUCGGCAACAGGUUGAAAAAUUAUGGCAAAGAUACUUCGAAGAGAGACCGCUAAGCGGCAAUAGUCCAAAUCCGAUUCCUAAUCCGGUGAUGGAUGUUGUGGAAUUGGUGUUAGACGGAGACCAGUUGGUCGAGCAGAAGCGUCUACCCGGAGAGAACGACGUCGGCAUGGUUGCGUGGCGGUUAACUCUGUACACUCCGGAAUGUGUAUCCGGUAGAGAUGUUAUUCUUAUCGCUAACGAUUUAACGCACAUUAUGGGCUCGUUCGGGAUGCGCGAAGACAUGGUGUUUUGCAAAGCGUCCGAGAAGGCGAGGAAGCUCGGAUGUGCGCGGAUAUAUUUCGCGACCAAUUCCGGAGCUCGCAUUGGUCUGGCCGAGGAGGUGAAAGCUGCCUUCAAGAUCGCAUGGGAAGACGAAAACGAGCCGGAGAAAGGUUUCAAGUACAUAUAUCUCACGCCCGACGAUUACGCGCGCUUGGCACCCUUCAAUUCGGUGAAAGCCUCGUUGAUCGAGGAUCCCGCGGGAGAAUCCCGUUACAAAAUCACAGACAUUAUCGGCAAGGAAGACGGUCUGGGAGUGGAGAACUUGAAGUACGCCGGUCUGAUAGCGGGGGAAACAUCGAGGGCUUACGAGGAAAUAAUCACGAUUUCCAUAGUGUCGUGCCGUGCGAUCGGUAUUGGCGCUUACAUAGUGCGGCUUGGCCAAAGAGUGAUCCAGAUAGAAAAUUCUCACAUUAUUCUGACCGGUUACAAAGCGUUGAACGCUGUGCUGGGUCGCGAGGUUUACGCAAGUAACGAUCAGUUGGGCGGUACGCAAAUUAUGUACAAUAACGGAGUAUCCCACGCGACUGACGAUCGAGAUUUGGAUGGAGUUGCGACCGCAUUGAAAUGGCUCACUUACUUUCCCAAAAGCAAAGGCUCCUCGUUACCGAUACUUUUGCCGAUCACCGAUCCAAUCGAUCGAGAGAUUACUUACGUGCCUACAAAAACACCCUACGAUCCAAGAUGGAUGUUAGAGGGUAGAAAUUGUAUCGAAACAAAUGCCUGGGAAAGCGGCUUUUUCGAUCGAGGCUCGUGGCACGAAAUAAUGAGACCAUGGGCGCAAACUGUGGUGACGGGUCGAGCCAGACUUGGCGGCAUACCGUGCGGCGUUAUUGCCGUCGAGACGAGAACCGUUGAAUUGCAUUUGCCAGCCGAUCCCGCUAAUUUCGAUUCGGAAGCAAAAACUAUAUCCCAAGCGGGACAAGUUUGGUUCCCGGACAGCGCCUAUAAAACCGCGCAGGCUAUUCAAGAUUUUGGCAAGGAAGAACUGCCGUUGUUUAUCUUCGCUAAUUGGAGAGGCUUUUCCGGCGGAAUGAAGGACAUGUACGAGCAAGUUGUCAAGUUCGGCGCUUACAUUGUGGACGGAUUGCGACACUAUAGCAAACCGAUAUUCGUUUAUAUUCCACCGAAUGCGGAACUCAGAGGCGGCGCUUGGGCGGUCUUGGAUCCUUUGAUAAAUCCUCGUUUUAUAGAGAUGUUCGCCGACGACACCAGUAGAGGUGGCGUUCUGGAAGCCGGUGGUAUUGUAGAAAUCAAAUAUCGAAUGAAGGACAUUCUGAAGACCAUGCAUCGAAACGAUCCAGUUGUCCAUAAGCUAAAAGAGAAAAUGUCGAACGUGAACACGGCGGAGGAACGAGUCGAGCUCGAAACGCAAAUUCGCAAACGGGAGAAGAUUUUGGAGCCUAUGUAUCAUCAAGUUGCGAUUCACUUCGCUGAUUUGCACGAUACCCCGGGGAGAAUGUUUGAGAAAAAUACAAUCAGUGAGAUAAUACCGUGGAAGAGGGCACGGAAGCUGUUUUACUGGCGAUUGCGACGAAGACUCUUGGAGGAAGAAAUUAAGGACGAAAUCUUAUCGACGCAACACGAUCUCGAUGUCAGACAAGUAGAGGCGAUGUUACGACGCUGGUUUAUCGAGGAUAAAGGAGCGACGGAAUCGUAUCUGUGGGAUCAGGAUGAAGCUGCGACCUAUUGGCUAGAGGCGCAACGUAAAACCGACAAUAGUGUCAUCUCGCGUAAUAUAACGUGCGUGAAGAGAGACGCGGUAGUAACGAGCAUCAAGGACGCCUUGGAAGUCUAUCCGGAAAUAAAAUUGAACGCGGUGUUGGAAAUAGCGCACAGAUUGCAACCGGCCGAGCGAGCGGAAUUGCAAAGAACUUUGUCGCAAUUAGAAACAACGGGGCAGGAACAUCACAAGGAUUCGGACGCUUCGUCCUGAGUACAUUCGUACCCGCUCUCUACGCUAUUCAUUCCAAGAUUUUUAAUCCUACUAUCAAACACCACACGUCAAUAGUACAAUUCAUCAAAGAGACAAUUAUUUUUUUUAAUUAUUUAUACGAAUGCAAAGAUAUCCUAGUUAAGAAAUUGGUGAGGAGAUAAAUUUCGAAUAAAUAGAGUAUUUAAAACGAGAUACAAGACUGCAAAUUUUGACAAAUUUAAGCACAAUAAUAAUUUUUUUGUCGUGAAAAAUAAGAAAAGAAUCUCAACAGAGCUCUUGAACGCGAGUUCUGCCACACGGAGAUACGGAAGAAAUUCGAAAAAAAAAAAAGAUUGAAUUUGUUGAAUGCUCGUUGUUUAAAAUUCCCGAGAUACCGGUUUUACGAAAUACUCUAUAUAUUCGAAAAAAUAUGUACAAUAUGUAAGGAAAUGAAAAGAAGUGCGUCACUGCCAAUUCGUGACGAGCCUAUGUACGAAAUAUGUAAGAAUAUGACGUGUGUGCGCGCGCGUGCGUGCAUGCGAGUGUGUCUUGUGUAUGUGUGUAUGUGUAUAGUGUAAAUUUGUCUCUCGAACAUGUUGCAUGUUCCUUCAGGUGCAGAUUUACCAAAACAAAUUAAGUAUUUCUUAAGGCUUUUCUCUGCGAAAAAAUAGUUUUUAGAAUAUUUUGAAACAUCUUGAAAACAAAGCAUUUUAGAAAAAAGCUGCUCUUUAUGACCAUUGAUCAUAAAUAAAAAAGAAAAAUGACUUAAUCGUAAAAAAGAAAAACACAUUUAUAUAAAAAAUAAGCACUUUUUUAUUUACACUACGCCAUCUCUCACUAAUUUUUCGCAUAUAAUUUAAAAUUUCAUGUAUCUGAAAGGACAUGCUACAAAAGAUUUGGCAUGUUUCUUUGUACAUAAACUACACGUACGUGUGCGCGAGCAUGUAAAAUACAUAAUUUAUUUUUUUCUUCAAGAAGCAACGAGGGUUCUUCAGUUGCUACGUCAUAGCGCCACAUGUUUGCACGUUCAUCAUAGUCUUCAUCGAAAUCUUCAUCCGAAUAUUCCUCUCGUUUAUUAGCUUCGCGCAUGUGCUCGUCCAAAGCAUUUAUUUCUUCAUCACUCUGUGUACACCGAUCUAUUUCUGUUUCAUUUUCUUCUUGUGAAUUUCCUUUCUACAGGAUCCAUUUUUUUUUAAGUUCUUUCUUUUCUUUGUAGCGCAACACCGUUUAUAAAAAUGCGCACA